ACACUCUUUCCCACCAUCAGCCUCGAUAAAUACACAUCUUCUCCCCCGCCGUUGCUCCCUUCUCUUCUGACUCUUUCUACCCAAACGCCUCUCUACCCUUUGCCCACUUCCCUGUCACCCUCUUCUUUGCUUCCGUCUUUUGCCGGUCCAUCUUCCCAAUCUUCUUUACAACCCUGCCCACUUUCGACUGCGCUGAGGCUGCGAGUCACUCCACCAGCUAGAUUAUCCAUAUAAUCGGUACUAUUCCCCUCCCCAAACCAGUUUCUAAUCCUCUCUCGCUACCUCCAUUUUCCAACUAACAUCACCUUUCUUAGCACGACGAAUACGCCAAAUCCAAUCGACACCAACCUGCUGCAAGAAAUUUCCACACCAGACACUCUAUCCAGCCUUUUACCAACCCACUCUUUCUAUCGCACUGCUUGGUAGUACUGCUCGGAACACCGGCACUCAACGGCCCAGAGAUCCAUAAGGCCCGCCAUGUCCGAAUACAGCUACGACGACCGCCCACGUCACAGGCACAGGACGAGAGAACGGGAGCCAGAAUACGUCUCUGAGACCACCUACAUUGAGCGCGGAGGACGAGGAGCACCCAGUCGUGACCUCGCUUUCCGUCCCCAUGACGACAGCAUCGAAGACAUCCCCCGCAAUUUCCCACCACCGGGCGGUGCCGAGUAUCGACAGACAAAGUAUCGCGAGACGUACGAGCCUCGACGUGACUACGACGAUGACUACUAUGACCGUCGCAGUCGCCGCUCGUACGACUAUGACUACCACUCAGAUGACUACGAGCGACGUCCCAAGCCCCAACGCCGCAAGUCUGUUGUCGACAACCUCAAGGAGAUAGGCGAAGCUGCCGGUCUAGGCGGCGUCAUUGGCGCUGUCACUUCAAAAGUCCGCAGUAGCUCUCGUUCUCGCUCCCGACACCGAAGGGACCGUCACGACCGUGGCUACGACAGCGAGUACGAUGAGCGGUCGUUCCGCGAAGAUCGUCGAUCCCGCCGACACAGCUCCAGCUCGCGCAGUCGCAGCCGAAGCCGCGGACCAAGGAGCAAGAACGCAAAGUGGGAGCAGGCCGCCAAAGCUGCCAUCGUCGCCGGUGCCGUCGAGGCCUUCCGCAGCCGCAAGACCCCAGGACCUUGGACAGGCGAGAAGGGCCAGCGCAUCGCCACCGCCGCCUUGGGUGCUGCCGGUAUUGACAGCUUCAUCGACAAGGACCCUGACAAGCACAGCAAGCGACAUGUCGCUGAGUCUGCCCUUGGAGGUCUCGUUGCCAAUCGUCUGGCCAAUGGCUCUCGUUCUCGCUCUCGCGCCCGUGCCGAAGGAGGUUCCCGCUCUCCUUCCCGUUCCCGUUCGCGCUCUAGGUCCAGGUCUAUCUUCUCGCGCUCCCGCUCUCGAGGUCGUUCUGCGUCCCGUGGCCGUGAAGAGGGUGGUCACAGCAGUACUCUGAAGGAUGUCGCUGGUGCUGGUGCCGUUCUCGCAGCAGGAAAGGCCCUUUACGAUCGCGUACGAUCUAAGUCCCGCUCCAGGCGUGAGCGAUCGCGCAGUGUUUCAAGCGAAGACAGCUACGUUCCCUCCCGCAGUCGACGCAACCGCGCCUACUCUGAUCACGGCCGAAGUAUGGAUGGCUACUCGGAGGCUCCCCGAGCUAACACAGACCGCAGAGUAGCAACAACCGCCGGUGCUGGCGCGGCCGCAGGCGGAGGCGCCUUGACCAAGGGGCGGCUCGAAAGUUCUGACUCGGAAAGCACGACGGACAUGGAAAAGAAGAGGAGGAAGAUGAGAGGUAAGGAACUCCUGACUGCUGGUUUGGCCACUGUCGCGACGAUUCAUGCUGCACACGGCGUCUACUCUUCCAUGGUCGCUUCGGAGAAGCGCCGCAAGCUCGUCUCGGAGGGCGAGAUGACGGCGGAAGAAGCGCGCAAACGAAAAUCGAAGAACAUGCUCCAGGACGCCGCUGCCGUUGGCAUCGCCGCACUCGGAAUCAAGUCGGCCUUCUCCGAGUGGAAAGAGAUGAACGAGCAACGGCACAGUGUCAAGGAGAUUGAAGAUCGUCGCAAGAAGAGAAGAAAGCUGCGUGAACGUCGCGAGAAAGAGGCCCGGCAGAAUGCUCUUUAUGGCAUGAACACUCCCAUGGCUAAUCCGUAUGCCUAUCCUGUAGCUGCUGCCCCUUAUCCGCCUACCACGUAUGCGGACGCAAACCCCUACGGUGCGGUGCCGCCACCGCCCAUCGGUGCGCCUCCUGCUCGAUACUAGAUAGUUUUUCCUUUUUGUUUUGGGUUUCCACUUUCCUGCUUUUGUACUUUU